AUGGAGAGAUCAAAGAUGACCCCAGUUCAUAACAAGCUGGUGUUUUCUUCGUUAUUUCUCUUCGUUAUUUGCUUCGCGGGACUGAUUCACGUCGAGAUCGAGCUUUACGCUCAUCGACAAAUGCUUCAAGGCUUGAGUCAACUAAAAGAAGAGAAAGUCGAGCUGAAGAACACAGCAAACGACAAAAAAACGAAUGAGAUGAUCAGGUUAUUCCCUUACUCACAUAAAGGUGGGUCUAUGCGCAAAACACUUAGAACGACCUUAAACUAGGAUUAGUUGAUGCAGAUCCUGAGUAUUGAUUAAAAAGUUGAGAAGUCUAUUUGUAAUUUAGAAAGUUUUCAUUUGAAAUUCGUUUAAACGUUCGUCUCUUCGUUGUUUUGAGAAUACCUUUAUUGCAAAGGGCUAUCGAUCCAAGCAAUUUUGAUUUUUUUUUUUUUUUUGACGGUGUUAAGAUUCUCGAGGUCAGCCUCAAAAUAUCAAUCAACAAUCAAAGAGUCACGUGCUGUUCGACUCAAAUGACGAUUUGUUUGGCUCCGUUUGGUGUCGUUUCAGUUUGAUUUCAAAACAUGACACUCGAUGUGCAAAUACUGUUUUACGAAUUCAUCGAAAUUAAAGUUAUCUUUUGUCGUUCAUGGGUACUUUUAUUGAAAAACAACCCAAAAUUUCAUUUAUUUUUUGCUCGAGCGGCCGGGAAAGCUAAUUCUUGAUGGAACUCACAACGAGAGUAAAAUAAAGGAAGGCUUUAUGGGAGAAUUAAUUCGCUGGAGAUUACAGCUUUGAAACAGUGAAAAAUACUUUGAACAAAAUCGUUUUAUAAAAUAAUUUUCACAUGAGAAGAUACUUAAAACCUUUAAGAGACAAACGGAAAAAAAGUCAAGUAUUACAACCCAUAAAUCGAAUCAUCGCCAUUAUCGCACUAAUCUCUGGAUUCGGCUUACUUUCUGUCGUUUUGUCGAGUUCACUCAUUUCCCCUACAGCUGCCGGCAUCGAGCCAACUUCAAGUCGUGUUCAAAAUGACCUUGCUUUCAAAACAAGGCUAAGUCCAUGGUAAUAAUCGGAUAACAUGUGAGCAUGCGGAGUAACAAAUUCUUGUUCAAAUGGCAAAAAGUGUAAUUGUCACAACAGUGGCAGUGGCUGGAGAGAAGACAGCGGUCUGUUGACAGACAAGUCUGCUCUACCAGUUACACAAAUCAUACUCGGAGACUUGGAUCAUAUUAGGGAGGAAGGAUAUCAUACAUUAGGGAAACUCAAGUGUUAUGGUGUGGCAUAAGGCCACAUUUUAAUAUAUACAGUACAGCAGCUUUGUACAGUGCAGCAAGUGUGAUUGAACUUGAAAACACAAAAAAGAUAUUUCUGAAUUUUAGUUGCACUGGUUGUAAGGAAGGAGUUGAGUCAAGAGAUCUUAAGAAUCUAACUUUUUUAGUUCUUUAGCUUGAUUGGGUGAUCAAGUUUUUUUUUUUGCGAAGAAACUCCAUUGGUUUUCCAACCCUCACAUUACGUCAGUAAACAAGGUGUGGCCGAGGAAGGUCGGACAUUUUCUAAAAGAUGACUAUUCAUCAGUCUUUUAUUAAAGAAAGAAUUCAAAUUGGUGCAAAGCAAGUUCUCCAAUGAGAUUGGUUAUGUCUUUCCUACCAGUGGCAUCGUUAGCAUGGCGUUCCCAAAGCUCUAGAAAUUAGAGCUAACUUUCUAGUUACUCUACAAAUGUUAAGCAUAGCACUUGGAAUACAAAAAAUGAUCAGCUACACUGAAGAGGUUUCAAUAACAUCAAAACAGAAUUUUUUCUCACUUGUAUGACCAUAUUGUGGCCUUGAACCAGAAUAAGGAAGGAAGGAAGACUGCCAAUCUAUUAUCUGUCAUGAUCAACAUAUAAGCCAUGAGAGAGGCUUGGGUACGAGAAAAGAAGCACUUUCUGUCUCUUUUUUUUAUUUAACCUUUUAUUUCAAAUCAAAAGCGUAACUAUAAAAAAGGAUGUUUUUUAAUCUUAAACAAACAGAAUGACACUCUGUUAAGAUUGAUACUGAGCCUUUUAGCGUCAACAACAGGAAAAAAAACUCCUCUGGUGCCCACAUUUUAUUUCUCUUAGCUUUCAAGACGAGUCGGAUCAAGACUUAAAACGAAGGGUUUUUUUUUCGCUGUAAAAGUUCUUUAGAUCAACCUCAGUACAUCAGUUAACAGUCAAAGAGUCACGUGCUGCUCUACUCAAAUAAUGAUCAUUUUGGCUCUGUUUCGUGUCGUUUCAUUUUGAUUUAAAAAUAUAACAUUUCAUGUGCCAAAGAAUAAAUCUUUUACCCCUUAAUGUUACUUUUAUUGAUGAACUACUAAAGCGGUCGGAAAAACUAAUUCUUAAGGGAAUUCACAACUAGAGCACACUAAAGGAAGGCUUAAGAGGAGCUUUAAUUCGCUUGAGAUUACAGCUUUGAAAAACUAAAAAUACUCAGGAGAGAAACGUUUUUUAGAAUAACUUUCACAUGAGAAGAUAGAUAAAACCUUAAGAGACACGCUGUCUGCAAUGUUCAUUGCCUCAAGAGUAUUAGGGGAAGACGAGGCGGUCCUGGUCAAAGAGGCUUCCCAGGUAAACAUGGACCACCCGAGCCACUGGGAGUAAAGGGACCCAAAAGAAAUCAGGGCCCUCAGGGCAUUCAAGGACCUCCCGGAGCUAUGGCCCUCCUAGGGCUAAGGGCGAGCCUAGUAUAUCAAUCUCAGCUCCCUCUAUUGUGA